AAACCGGCUAAUAGAAGAGAUCACUGAAAAUUUGUAUUUUUAAAAUAGCAAGAAAAUUUGCAACAUCCUACAUGCCUGAUUUCGAAACACUUCAAAUCACUAAUUAAGUAAACAGCCAAAAAACAUUAACAAUCCCAGCAGGUGAUGGGCUGAUGCAGGCAAAUAUGAAAAACCGGUCCGUAAAAAGCUGCCGCUGAAUGCGCUAGGAAGAAGCUGCCUAUCACUCCUACAGAACAAAUAAUAAAUAAAUAAACGAAAAAUUAUCUAAAUUAAAAGUCGCUUUUUAUCGUAGUUAUUCUAAAAACCUUAGUUUGUUCUCAAUCGCAUCAGUUUUUUUCAUUCGAAGUUUACAGAUUUUUUUUUCGGUACACCGGAUUAUUGUCGUAAGAGAGUUUCUAUAUCAUUAUAAUGACUUCAUCCCUUUACCUGCAGAACACACAGAACACAGGGGCCAAAGGAUUUCCUAGAAAUAUCUGUUAAUAAAUUAGGUAUAACUUAAUAUUCAACACGAAUACGAAGUUAAUUCGUUAUAAAUAUAUUUACUUGUAGCCUGAUACAAAAAUACGCUCAAAACAUUAUUAAAAUUAACCUGCAGUAAAAUAAUUGUCCAGGCAUCCAAGGUCUCGUCGUAAUGGCCAUGUUUUUAAAAAUGGAGAACGGCCUGCUCCCAGCAUCUUAUCGCCUGGGGGGCUAAUAGGUUUUUCCUUUCAUCAACUUCAAUAAUUUCUUGACGCUAGGAGCUCUAAUUAGGUAUCAAUUUGACAUACCUAGAAACUUUUUGAUAAGUACUACGUAUUCACGUAUCAACUAUGUUACAGGUGCAGUAACAAUAUUGAUCGAGAUAUUAAUACCUCAAGGUACAUACGAGGACAAUUGAAACCGAAUAAAAGUAACAGAUCUGCGACAGUAUGUUUCUAACGCUCGUAAGGGACACACGCAUCGUUGUGAAUAAAUUUCAUCUAUUCAUUCAUUCACCACUAAGUGCUAUGUCGAAACCAUUGGAAAACGUGUGCGAUCUGACGUUGGUCAUGCGCGUGCGACUAAUGUGCGGGCUGUACAACCAUCGCACCGUGCCUCCGCGCUGGCAACGCCUCGCUCAAGCAUACUGUAUUAUCCUGCCGUUAACAUUCUUGCUAUACGGAAAAAAUAUACAAUCCGUCACCCUCCUUAAUCUUAUAGCCUGGAUUGUUAAUUAUACCGAAUACACCCUCGGAACUCUCGUCUCACUCGUGACAGGAGACGAAUACAUUUACACAUUCUUCACGCAGAAUACCAUGACAGAUGUCACGCUGGACUCGCGCAGAAUAUUCAAUCAUUUGGAAAAACAAAUAAAAAAAGCCUUUAUCGUAUAUGUGCCUUACAUUAUGAUUACUAUCGGGUUAACUUAUGCGUCGAUAUACCAAUUAAAUAUAUUUACUGUAAUGUUUCUAAUAAUACCUCCGACGAUACUUGAUUCUUGUGUAAUAUUAGCAUCCGCUACGAAGCUGUUGAUUUUGGCGCUGUUCAACGCACGUUUGCUGGUGCUAAAGAGGAGGCUGCAGAGAUACGGGUUCCGAAGGGGGGGUUGUAGGCAGCCGCAACCUUACUGUGACAUAUAUAAUGAAAUUCUUCAGAUGCUAGAUAAUACCAACAUUCCGCUCAAACCACUGUUACUUUUCGAUCUGAUAUUUGGAUGCUGCAAAUUAAUAUAUCACCUUUUAACUUCUAUAUACAUUGUAGAAUGGUGGGGACGACCGUUAAGCGAAGUCAUUUGUAUAAUGUUACUCCUCAGUAUAUUGUCUACUAAAAUCCUGGUGUUCUCUUUCGGACACAUUUUCUUGCUGGAGUCUGCUGCCGUACACUGCGAAGAUAUGGCCGUAUUCACUGCCACAGAGCUCAUCAAGACCCCAACGUCGGUACAGCGUCAGCACAUGCUCGCCUUUCUAGACGCGCUGGAGAGGCGCGGCGCGCGCUACAGCGUGCUGCGCGCGCUGCCGCUCAACGCGCGCUUUCUGCUGUCCGUGCUCAACUUCUGCAUCGCGCAGGUCAUCGUUUUUGCUAAAACAGUCAAACCAACAAGAGACUCGUAGAUUGAAGUCGGAUGAUGCCGUAGUAUUAAGGCCGCACACUUACGUCUGAUACUCAUUCCUUAGCGCUUACCCCUGGAAGGGGUAUCAAUUAUAACGCUUAUACUGUUUUCAACUUUCUAUUCAUAAAAAUAGGAUCAAUAUUGCAAAAUUAUGUUUAAAGUGAAGGACUAGGUAUCUAGCGCGUUGAGAGCACAGGUGUCCUACAUUUUUGAAUUAGGAAGGCCCUUUCAUUGUAGUGUAAAUCUGAAAGGGAAACCCCUUCCUAAAGCUAAGCAAAAUGAAGGGGUAAGCAAUCCAAAGGGAAAGCAAAUCUUUGGGGCUAUUCGAUAAAUGACUAAGCCAUUUAAAGGAUUUUUUCUGGAAAGGGAUGGACGUGUCCCUUGACUAUCGUUAGAUAUCUCUUGUUCGUGGCGAACGACUAGUUACUAAAUGUUCUGUACCAUAAGAGUAUUUACUGCACCAUCGUAUAUCCCACUUGAAUUAUUAAAUAUAUUUUUAGAAGCAUUUUCACUUUUGACAUAGGAAAAUAAGGUACUACUAAUGGGCCUUUGGAAAUUGUCAAAUUAGAUGUUUCUGUUUUGCGAGAUAUUAUUGUAUUUUUUUUUUUAAUUAAUCAAAUAAAGUUUUUAUGUCUGGAGUAAUUUUUUUACUUAUCCCUCCAGUGUCUCAUUUUUGGUAUUGAAUAGGUACACUAUAAGAUUUAAUAAAUAAUGUGAGAGGUUUAAUAUUAAUCAUCUUCACAUACAUUCAAUAAUCAUUUGUGUUUCUUAACCUUUUGAACGCCAAGAGCCACUAAAGUGGUCGUGUGCUGUCGUGCCUACCACGCCAACGACCACUAAAGAGGUCAUGGCAGACACUGUCAAAUCAAUUUUACUGUUGACAGAUAAGGUUUAAUUUCGUUUCUCAAUAGUUGACAUAUUGGCGUGUAUGCCACAUUUUGAAGCGAGGGAGAAAGCGUUGAAAAGGUUAACAUGGGUUAAAGGGGUAACGUGGGGAGGGUGGCUUCAUAUUUAUAUAAUUACGACCACAGUUCAAUGCAAACAAACUAGAAAAUAUUGAUUUGGUGUUAUUUAUACUUCAUAUUUGAUAAAAUGCUAAGAUAUAAAAUGAAGCCGCCAUAUGCAUCGGCGGUUAAGUAGGUACUUUCAUUACUUGAUCGAGAAGGAUACGUGUAUGUAAAUACAUAGGUAGAUAGAUAAAUUUAUUGAAUCCCAAUGAAACACAUUAAAGGAACCAGUUCACAUCGUUUUUAACUUAAACUAUGGUAAGAAUUUAAACCUCUUUGCUUAACCUUUUGAACAAACACAAAAAACACAAGUCAUCAGGUCAGAUAGCUUUAUUGUUUCUGUGCAAUGACGACGCCUGUUGCUGAUUUCUGGUUGUACCCUCCUGACGAACCCUGCGUUGCGCAUAUGAAUUUGUCAUUAUUUUAUUAAUGCUUGAUUUUGAUUAAAUAAAGUUAUAUCAUGUCACACAAGUCAUAAACACAAACGACACUCAAACGCCAAGCUCCCGGGCGCAAGCGAGCUAAUGUAAACCUUACUUGAAAGUGUGAAAGUUACUUUGACAGCGUACGUCAUGACACCUAUAGUUGUCCAUGGCGCUGUGGGCACGACUAGUAAUGACGCCUUUACGGGUUCUUGGCGU